GGUGGACGACCAGUGGGACAACUUCACCAAAGUCAAAGAAGUUCUGGUUUGAGUCAGGGCCUGAAAAAGACAGAACAAACAUGGGAGUGUACGAUGAACAAGGGGCUGCCAUUCAGGAGCCAGAGCCGCGUCACAUGGUCAUUAAACAAAACUUAAUCUCACCAAAGCGGCGCCGAUCCAUGCCCUCGCCCCGAUCUCCACGUGAACGCCUCAGCAGAGUCCCGCCUAAAGAUGUUUUCAAUAACAUGAUGUUUAUGGUGGGCGGCUGGAGCACACAGGACCCCUCGUGUCAGGUCGAACAGUUCUGCUCUGAGUAUAAUGAAUGGAGAGGUGCUGCUCGGAUGCCGACGCGGCGUGGAGGCGUGGCUGUGGGGACCCUCGGGGGCCACAUCUACACCGUGGGGGGGGAGGACCACGCACGUCGUUACAGUAAUGUAGAGAGGUACAGCCCCGACACAGACAGCUGGAGCACAGAUGUCGCCCCCUUGAGCAGCCCCCGCAGUGGAGUGUGCCUGGUGGAGAUGGACGGGUACCUGUACGCCAUCGGAGGACACGACGGCAUCACGGCUAUAAAUACAGUGGAGAGGUAUGACCCAAAAAUGAACUCGUGGAGCAAACAAAUAGCAAUGUCCACGAGGCGGAGCAGAGCCGUGGCCGCUGUGCUGAACGGAAAACUCUACGUGAUGGGAGGAAAUGAUGGAGAUAUGGCUCUUAACUCAGUGGAGUGCUACAACCCGCAGGACGGUACCUGGUCCAUCUGCGCCCACAUGCUGAGUCCCAGGGAGGGGGCGGGCUGCGCUGUGUACCUGGGGCGCAUCUACGUGGCGGGGGGUAAAGACGAGCUCCACCUGAACCUCUGCUCCGUCGAAAGGUUUGACCCGGAGACGUCAAGGUGGACUCCUGUGAAACGCAUGAGGAGUAAAAGAAACAACGUGUCUCUCGUCGUGUUCAAUGGAGCGUUACUCGCCGUCGGAGGCUCAGACGACCUCACUGACCUGAAGACGAUGGAAAUAUACUGUCACGAGUCCAACACGUGGAGACACUAUGGAAGCAUGAAGAGAAAGCAUCCAGGAGGCAGAGUGGCUGUGCUGUGCUGAGAGCCACAGUCAGAAGGACACGAGUGUUAGAGAGAUGGCUUAAUGGACGCACGCCUCGCUCGGUGCAUUGUGCGACGGUUCAGACCAGGCAACAAAAUGGCUGAAUAAUGCAAGAGUUCACAGGAAAAUGAGACACAUCAUGGUAUUAGUCAAAGCUGGAGCGGCUCUCACAAAACGACAGCAUUCAAUUAAAACACAACGAGCUUUACAAGUGUUACAUGACGCUGCUGCUGCUUUUGUCUGGUGUUUUGUACAAGGCUGUGUUACUUUGACUCUUAUUUUUAAUGGCUGUUGUUAAUAUUAACCGUGUUUAGACUAGUCACUGUUAUUUAAAAAAUGUAGAUGAAACGAGAUGAAGUUUGAAAUGUGUGAAGUGCCAUAAAACUACAGACUGUAAAUAUGAAUAUUUUGCUGAAUAAUGUGUAAAUGCAUGACAGAAAGAAAUGAAAAUAAAGCUGUAGGUGUUUGUAAAGGGACAAGAUGCAAAGAUGCUUCUGUAAGUCUGUGUAUUUAGAGAAUGCAUGAGUGUUUUUUAGAAAUAAAAGAGACAAUGGUUUAAAACAGAAAGGUUUAUCAGUAUGUGCAAAGAGAUAAAGAUGAAAUAAAGUGAAACGUUGUGUUGUUCCGCUCUUCCUCAC